UUCUUUAAGUGGAUGGUGGCUGUCAGAAGCGCUCAAAGCGGCUUCAUUAACCGUCAGAGGGAGGCAAGGCUGUGACUCACGAGGAGACCAAUGGGCAUCCGGAGCCCGAGAUAUAAAUAACGAAUAAAAAUAUUCUUGAGGGAGAAAGGGUCAGUUGCGCGCCACUGGAUGGCAUUUUGUUAGUGCGCUCUGUCGGUAUUCUGCCUUCGCCGCCGCUGGACUGUGUCUUGUCGCGCCUCUGGGUUGUAAUUGUUACAUCCACCCGUAGUUUCUCUGGACUCGACAACCUGUGCGCCCGUGAGCCGUUGAAUUAUUUCCCAGCUGGGGAUCAGAUAACAGAGGACUGAUGGCUUCGUCUGAACCCAGAGCCACCGGAGUGGACCAGGACCCCAACUCCGCAAAUUUAAGACCUCCGUCAGCAACUUACGAAUAUGCGUGGAUGCACGGAUGCACACGGAAACUGGGGAUGAAGAUUUGUGGGUUCCUCCAGAAGAACAACAGCCUGGAGGAGAAGGGGAGGCUCGCAGGCAAGAGCUUUCUUUCGUGCGACAAUAGCGACAGGGACGCGCGCUUCCGCCACGCCGAGACUGACUUCUCCAACCUGUUCGCCAGAGACCUUCUGCCAGCCAAAAAUGGAGAGGAGCCCACCAUACAGUUUCUGCUGGAGAUUGUUGACAUCCUCACUAAUUAUGUCAAGAAGACGUUUGACCGGUCCACCAAGGUGCUUGACUUCCACCACCCUCACCAACUCCUGGAGGGUAUGGAGGGCUUCAACCUGGAGCUGUCCGACCAGCCGGAGUCUCUGGAGCAGAUCCUGGUGGACUGCAGAGACACGCUUAAGUACGGCGUCCGGACAGGUCACCCACGUUUUUUCAACCAGCUGUCGUCUGGUCUGGACAUCAUCGGACUGGCCGGGGAGUGGCUCACCUCCACCGCUAACACAAACAUGUUCACCUAUGAAAUUGCUCCAGUGUUCGUGUUGAUGGAGCAGCUGACUCUGAAGAAAAUGCGAGAGAUGAUUGGUUGGCCCGGGGGAGAAGGGGACGGCCUCUUUUCACCAGGGGGCGCUAUCUCCAACAUGUACAGUGUGAUGAUCGCACGAUACAAGUAUUACCCCGAGGUCAAGACCAAGGGCAUGUCCGCUGCUCCCCGGCUUGUCCUGUUCACGUCUGAGCACAGUCACUACUCCAUAAAAAAGGCUGGAGCUGCUCUGGGCUUUGGUACUGAAAACGUAAUCCUGCUGAGCACAGAUGAGAGAGGAAGAGUAAUUCCUGCAGAUCUGGAGGCCAAGAUCAUUGAUGCUAAACAGAAGGGUCAUGUGCCAUUGUUUGUGAAUGCCACCGCUGGCUCCACUGUGUAUGGAGCAUUCGACCCCAUCAAUGAGAUCGCCGACAUCUGCGAGAAGUACAACCUCUGGCUCCAUGUCGACGGAGCAUGGGGUGGUGGAUUGCUGAUGUCCAGGAAGCACCGCCAUAAGCUUAAUGGAAUUGAAAGGGCCAACUCUGUGACGUGGAAUCCUCACAAGAUGAUGGGCGUGCCCCUUCAGUGCUCUGCCAUCCUGGUCAGAGAAAAGGGGAUCCUGGCAGGCUGCAACUCCAUGUGCGCUGGCUACUUGUUCCAGCCAGACAAACAGUACGAUGUCACGUACGACACCGGGGACAAAGCCAUCCAGUGUGGCCGCCACGUCGACAUCUUCAAAUUCUGGCUGAUGUGGAAGGCCAAGGGCACCGUAGGGUUUGAGCAGCACAUUGACAAGUGUCUGGACCUUUCUCAGUACCUGUACAACAAGAUCAAGAACAGGGAGGGGUAUGAGAUGGUGUUUGAUGGAGUGCCCCAACACACCAAUGUUUGCUUCUGGUACAUCCCACCCGGGCUCAGAGGAAUGCCAGACGGCGACGAGCGGAGAGAGAGGCUCCACAGGGUGGCACCAAAGAUUAAGGCAUUGAUGAUGGAGUCCGGGACCACCAUGGUGGGCUACCAGCCUCAGGGUAACAAGGUCAACUUCUUCCGUAUGGUGGUCUCCAACCCCGCGGUCACCCAGUCCGACAUCGACUUCCUCAUAGACGAGAUUGAGAGGCUGGGUCACGACCUGUAGACCUGCAGCGACCGGAGGCCAAGUGAACCUUUGUGUUUUAUCUGUUUUAUUUUUUAAAGCUGUGGGCUCAUGAGGUGAAACAUUCACAGUGCUACAGACAGAGGGACAAUGAGUCACACCUGUGCCUGAAGCAUUCUGAUUGUUUCUUCAGCAGAAGAAAAACAAGCAAAGAGAGAAGCUUCCAGUCUCUCGCUAACUCUGCCCCACAUACUGUCAUUCCUGCUAUGAGCAAAAUACAUGUGUGUGUGAGUGUGUGAGGUCAAACACUGACGGGAAGGAAAAGGACAGAUUCAAAUAUUACACACUAUCAUAAAUGAUUUUGCUCUACCAUAUAUUUCCUACAACUGAAUCACUGGUGCUUUCAGCUGUACAUAUAUUUAAUCCCAGUGCACCAAGCGGUUUGUCCUUGUGUUCAAGCUGUGCACGCAGCACACAAACUGUUUCCUGUUAUGUAAUUUAGACACUAGACACAUUAGACACUCUUAAGACAAGCCAAUGUGCACAACAUAUGUAGUACGUGUGUUAAGCCGAGCCGAGAGGUUAGCAACUGAUCCACUGUCUGCAGACACUGGAGGAUAUUUCAGGUUUGAAACCCAGGUCUGUGACGAGCUUUAUCCGAAUGGGAGGCGUUGGCUCGUUGUCUGUGUCAUGCAAUCAUCUGAUCACCGUGUGUUUAUAAUAUUGUUGGAAGAUUACCGUUAGAUUAUAAGAGAACAGGCGUUCAUCGCCACUGUUUGCAGAUUCAGGUAUUUUAUUGUAAAAUGUAUUGUAUCUUUAUGUGUAUUACAUAGUAAUACAUUUGUAAAUGUAAUCAUGGGGAACAGAGAGUUUAUUUAUAGUGACUUCGUCAGCCAAAGAACGAGCAUCGGGAACAGAGCAAUCCAUUGCCCUUCAUAUGUAACUUCUUAUAGACUAUAGGUGUUUGUAAAACGUUUCCCUCAACUGCAAUGCAAUUUCUAUUGUGUGUUUCUUUCUGUGAUUGUGAGUCGUUGUGACUGAAUGUUUUGCGAUGACUGACUGGCCUUCUGAUGAGAUUAGACCUGCUCCCUCUGGUAGUUCAUUUUAGAGAGAAGCACAAGGAUGUGAGAAUGUACUCUUCUCUCAAGGCUGGGAGGAGGGGAUUGUUGUGUUUGUCUGAAUCCUAAUGCAUUUACUGUAAUUUACUAUAAGAAAUAUAAUACAUAUUACCUGUAUUCUCAGUGUUAUGGGAGCUCAGUGGAAUAUCUUAAAUGAGUUCCUGUUUGUGUCUUUGCACAAUGUUCACCUUUAUUUCUUCCAUUGUAAAUGGAUGUGUACUAUGGCAGUAAUAUAUAAGAGUUAUGUUAAUAAAGUAUUUAUGAUAUCUAGGGACCAUAUGUGAAUAGCACAAGCACAUAAGUCAUAUUUAAAGUAAUCCGUGUACUGUAUUGUAUGUGGCCAUUGACUCCUGUAUGUGACCAAUCCAGGCCGUAAGGGAAUGUUUCCCAGGAUGUUUUCAUUAGGCACUUUAACAGAAUCAUACCGUCUUUAAAAUAUCUUUAAUAAAGUCUAUUGAAGGGGAAAA